UGGACGGUUCGUCUUUGGAGUACCUCACUGUCGCAGGACUCUCCAAACCCUAACUUUCCAAAUCGCCGCACGUUUUCAUCAUCCUUUUGUCUUAACCCAGCACCAAGAUGACGAAGAAAGGCUUGAGCGAUGACGAGAAAUUCCUUUUCACGGACAAAGACUUCAUCAACAGCCCUGUGGCCCAGGCCGAUUGGUCAGCCAAAAAGCUGGUGUGGGUCCCCUCCGAAAAGCAUGGCUUCGAGUCUGCCAGCAUCAAAGAGGAACAUGGAGAUGAGGUGCUGGUGGAGCUGAUGGACAAUGGAAAGAAGAUCACCGUCAACAAGGACGACAUCCAGAAGAUGAACCCGCCCAAGUUCAGCAAGGUGGAGGACAUGGCGGAGCUCACCUGCCUGAAUGAGGCCUCCGUCCUGCACAACCUGAGGGAACGAUACUACUCUGGCCUCAUCUAUACUUACUCCGGACUGUUUUGCGUGGUGGUGAACCCGUAUAAAAUGCUGCCAAUCUACUCUGAGAAGAUCAUUGAAAUGUACAAAGGCAAAAAGCGCCAUGAGGUCCCUCCGCAUAUCUAUUCCAUCACGGACAAUGCCUACAGGAACAUGAUGCAAGAUCGUGAGGACCAGUCUAUUCUUUGCACUGGUGAAUCAGGGGCUGGAAAGACAGAAAACACCAAGAAAGUUAUCCAGUAUUUGGCUGUAGUGGCCUCAUCCCACAAAGGCAAGAAAGACAUGAGCGCUCAACAAUCAGGACAACAGUUUGCCUAUGGUGAGCUGGAAAAGCAACUACUGCAGGCCAAUCCCAUUCUAGAGGCCUUCGGUAAUGCCAAGACCAUCAAGAACGAUAACUCUUCCCGAUUCGGCAAAUUUAUCCGCAUUAACUUUGAUGUGACAGGUUUCAUAGUUGGAGCCAACAUCGAGACCUAUCUGUUGGAGAAAUCUCGCUGUAUCAGACAGGCAAAAACAGAAAGAGCCUUCCACAUCUUUUACUACAUGGUAGCAGGAACAAAGGACAAAUUACGUGAGGAGCUUUUGCUGGAAAACUUCAACAACUACCGUUUCCUCUCGGCUGGCCAUGUCCAAAUUCCAGGCAACCAGGAUGAUGAGAUGUAUGAUGAAACCAUGGAGGCCAUGGAGAUCAUGGGCUUCAGUGUUGAGGAAAGAGCAGAUGUCCUCAAAGUAGUCUCAACUGUGCUGCAGUUGGGUAACAUCGAGUUCAAGAAAGAGAGGAACCAAGAACAAGCUACCAUGCCAGACAACACUGCUGCACAGAAAGUUUGCCAUCUUCAAGGCAUCAAUGUGACAGACUUCACAAGAGCCAUUCUGACACCACGUAUUAAAGUGGGUCGUGAGGUUGUGCAAAAGGCCCAAACCAAAGAACAGGCUGAUUUUGCCACUGAAGCUUUAGCUAAAGCUAUGUACGAACGCUUGUUCCGUUGGAUCCUUCUAAGAGUCAACAAGGCGUUAGACAAGACGAAACGCCAGGGUGCUUCUUUCCUGGGGAUCUUGGACAUCGCUGGAUUUGAGAUUUUUGAGAACAAUUCCUUCGAGCAGCUUUGUAUUAACUACACCAAUGAGAAGCUCCAGCAGCUCUUCAACCACACCAUGUUCAUCCUGGAGCAGGAGGAGUAUCAGCGGGAAGGCAUCGAAUGGAACUUCAUCGACUUUGGGCUGGAUUUACAACCUUGCAUUGAGCUUAUUGAAAGACCGAACAAUCCUCCAGGCAUCUUGGCUUUGCUGGAUGAAGAAUGUUGGUUUCCAAAGGCAACAGACGUGUCCUUUGUGGAGAAACUUUGCAACACUCAUGCUAAUCAUACGAAAUUUGCAAAACCUAAGCAACUGAAGGACAAGACUGAAUUCUCUGUGCAACAUUAUGCUGGACGGGUAAACUACAAUGCCGUAGCAUGGUUGACCAAAAACAUGGACCCUCUAAAUGACAACGUUACAGCAUUGCUGAAUAAUUCCUCCAAUCCAUUUGUGCAAGAUCUGUGGAAAGAUGCUGAUCGAGUGGUUGGAUUGGAAACCAUUGCUAAGAUGUCAGACAGCCUUGCACCUAGUGCCUCUAAGACCAAGAAGGGCAUGUUUCGUACUGUGGGCCAGCUUUACAAAGAGUCCCUGGCCAAGCUGAUGACCACACUGCACAACACACAGCCAAACUUUGUCCGCUGCAUUAUCCCCAACCAUGAGAAACGGGCAGGGAAGCUGGAUGCCCACCUGGUGCUAGAGCAGUUGAGAUGUAAUGGUGUGCUAGAGGGCAUUCGCAUCUGCCGGCAAGGAUUUCCAAACAGAAUCGUCUUCCAGGAGUUCCGACAGCGAUAUGAGAUCUUGGCAGCGAAUGCUAUUCCAAAAGGCUUCAUGGAUGGCAAGCAGGCCUGCUGUCUGAUGAUUAAGCACCUGGACAUUGAUCCAAACCUCUACCGAAUUGGUCAGAGCAAAAUCUUCUUCCGCACUGGAGUCCUGGCUCAGCUUGAAGAGGAGCGAGACCUUAAGAUCACAGUCAUCAUCAUUGCCUUCCAGUCACAGGCCAGGGGAUUUCUAGCCAGAAAGGCCUUUGCCAAGAGGCAGCAACAGCUGACAGCUAUGAAGGUGAUCCAGAGGAACUGCGCUGCUUAUCUGAAACUCAGGAACUGGCAGUGGUGGAGACUCUUUACUAAGGUGAAGCCUCUCCUGCAGGUGACGCGCCAAGAGGAGGAGAUGAGCCUGAAAGAGGAGGAGCUCCAGAAGGCCAAAGAAUCUGCGCAGAAGUUUGAGAUCGAGCUAAAAGACAUUGCACUGAAGCACACACAGCUUAUGGAUGAAAGGAACCAGCUCCAGGAGAAGCUGCAGGCCGAGACGGAGCUCUAUGCGGAGGCAGAGGAGAUGAGAGUACGGUUGGCAAGCAAGAAACAAGAACUGGAGGAGAUCUUGCAUGAGAUGGAGGCCAGGUUGGAGGAGGAGGAGGAUCGUGGUGCAGCCCUGCAAAUGGAAAAGAAGAAAAUGCACGAACAGAUAAAAGAUCUUGAGGAGCAUCUUGAGGAGGAAGAGGAUGCUCGUCAGAAGCUGCAGCUGGAGAAGGUUACCUGUGACGCAAAGAUCAAGAAGCUAGAGGAUGAUAUCCUGGUGAUGGAUGACCAAAACAUUAAAUUGCAGAAGGAGAGGAAGCUUCUAGAAGAAAGGAUAGCAGAUUUUAGCUCAAACCUAGCAGAAGAAGAAGAAAAAUCCAAAAACCUGACUAAGCUGAAGAACAAGCACGAGUCAAUGAUCUCAGAACUGGAGGUGCGCUUGAAAAAAGAAGAGAAGACUCGACAGGAGUUGGAUAAAGCCAAGAGGAAGUUGGAGGCUGAAUCCAAUGACCUCCAGGAGCAGAUCGCUGACCUUCAAGCUCAGAUUGCAGAUCUAAAAGCCCAGCUGGCUAAGAAAGAGGAGGAGCUUCAGGCUGCAUUGGCACGACUGGAGGAUGAGACAGGUCAGAAAAACAAUGCUCUGAAGAAGAUCAGGGAGCUGGAGGGACACAUCUCAGAUCUUCAAGAAGACCUGGAGUCAGAGCGGGCUGCACGGAACAAGGCUGAAAAGACUAAAAGAGACUUGGGGGAGGAGCUUGAAGCUCUUAAAUCGGAGCUGGAGGACACACUGGACACCACCGCCACUCAGCAGGAGCUCAGGGCCAAACGUGAGCAGGAAGUGACUCUUUUGAAGAGAGCUAUAGAGGAAGAGAGCCGCGUCCAUGAGGCUCAGGUGCAGGAGAUGCGACAGAAACACACCCAAGCUUUGGAGGAGCUCACAGAGCAACUGGAGCAGUCCAAGAGGGUGAAGGUAAACCUGGAGAAAGCCAAACAAGCUCUGGAGAAGGAGACCUCAGAACUCCAUGUGGAGCUUAGAUCUCUUACUCAGGGCAAACAGGAUGUGGAGCACAAGAAGAAGAAGCUGGAAGGACAACUGGCUGAUCUGCAGUCUCGAUUCAAUGACAGCGAGAGGAACAAAGCUGAGCUUGGAGAUCGGGUCUCCAAAAUCUCUGUGGAACUGGAGAGUGUUACCAACCUUCUCAAUGAAGCUGAGGGAAAGAACAUAAAGCUUAGCAAGGAUGUGGCUAGCUUGAGUUCUCAAGUUCAAGAUACACAGGAGUUGCUAGCUGAAGAAACAAGACAGAAGCUGCAAUUGUCUACCAAGCUACGACAAAUAGAGGAUGACCGCAAUGCUCUUCAGGAGCAGCUUGACGAGGAAGCAGAAGCCAAGAGAAAUGUGGAGAGACAUGUCUCGACACUGAACAUUCAGCUCUCGGACUUCAAGAAGAAGCUGGAAGAAAUGUCGGGUAACGUAGAGCUUUUAGAGGAGGGUAAGAAGCGUCUGCAGAGAGACCUGGAGGCAGCGAAUACUCAGUUUGAGGAGAAGGCCGCAGCCUAUGAUAAGCUUGAGAAGACUAAGAACAGACUGCAGCAGGAGCUUGAGGACACGCUGAUGGAUUUGGACAACCAGCGACAGCUGGUGUCCAACCUUGAAAAGAAACAGAAGAAGUUUGAUCAGAUGCUUGCUGAAGAGAAGAGCAUCUCUAGUAAGUAUGCAGACGAGCGAGAUCGUGCAGAGGCUGAGGCCAGAGAGAAGGAGACCAAGGCUCUGUCUUUGGCUAGAGCUCUGGAGGAAGCUCAAGAAGCCCGCGAGGAGUUCGAGAGAGCCAAUAAAGCCCUUCGUGCUGAAAUGGAGGAUCUGGUCAGCUCUAAAGAUGAUGUGGGCAAAAAUGUGCAUGAGCUUGAGAAGUCAAAACGUGGCUUGGAGGCUCAAGUCGAAGAGAUGAAGACACAGCUGGAAGAGCUGGAGGAUGAACUACAGGCUGCAGAAGAUGCCAAACUGCGUCUGGAAGUGAACAUGCAGGCUUUGAAGGCCCAGUUUGAGCGGGAUCUCCAGGGCAGAGAUGAGCAAGGAGAGGAGAAGAAGAGGCAGCUGGUCAAACAGGUGCGUGAGUUGGAAACUGAACUUGAAGAUGAGCGCAAGCAAAGGACUGUACUUGCUGCUUCCAAGAAGAAGAUGGAGGGAGACCUAAAGGACCUUGAGGGACAGAUUGAGACGUCUAACAAGGGCCGAGACGAGGCCAUCAAGCAGCUCCGCAAGCUCCAGGCUCAAAUGAAAGACUUCCAAAGAGAGCUGGAUGAUGCUCAUGCUGCCAGGGAAGAGGUUUUAUCCAGUGCCAAGGAGAACGAAAGGAAGGCCAAGACUCUGGAGGCUGAACUUCUACAGCUGCAAGAGGACCUGGCCGCAGCUGAGAGGGCUAAAAAGCAAGUUGAAGCUGAGAGAGAUGAACUGGCUGAUGAGUUGGCCAGCAACGCAUCUGGAAAGUCUGCCCUGUCUGAUGAGAAGAGACGGCUUGAAGCCAAGAUCCAGCAGCUGGAGGAGGAGCUGGAGGAGGAGCAAGGCAACAUGGAGAUGCUCAAUGACAGGCUGAGGAAGAGCGCACAGCAGGUCGACCAGCUCACCAACGAGCUGCAGGCCGAGCGCACCACAUCCCAAAAGAACGAGAGCGCCAGACAGCUGAUGGAGAGGCAGAAUAAAGAGCUGAAGGCUAAACUGCAGGAGAUGGAGAACCAAGUCAAAUCCAAAUUUAAGUCUUCCAUCUCAGCUCUCGAAGCCAAAGUGGCACAGCUUGAGGAGCAACUUGAGCAGGAGAGCAGAGAUAAGCAGAACACAGCCAAAGCAGUUCGCCAGAAGGACAAGAAACUGAAGGAGAUGAUUACCCAAGUGGAGGAUGAACGAAAACAAGCUGAACAAUACAAAGACCAGGCGGAUAAGGCGACCGCUCGAGUCAAGCAGCUGAAGAGACAGUUGGAGGAGAGUGAGGAAGAGUCUCAGAGAAUCACUGCGGCCCGCAGGAAACUGCAGCGAGAGCUGGACGAGGCCACCGAGACCAACGAUGCCAUGAGCCGUGAGGUCAAUUCCCUCAAGAGCAAACUCAGGCGAGGCAAUGAGACUUCAUCCUUCAGCAGCACACCAAGACGCACUGGAGGAGGAGGCCGACGGGGAAUCAUAGACAGCUCGGACGCUGCAGAGGAUGACGCCGACAUGCAGAGCGAUUACAACGGAACCAAAUCCAAUGAAUAAACAUCACCUUUCAAAAGACCUUCUCGUCAAACAACCAUAGUCUACUCUUACAUGGGUCAUUAUUUAGUUUAUAAUGUAUUUGUUUGACCGCAACAAAGCACUGCUCUCUGACUAGGCAUUUGGCCAGUCAUGAUUUUUAUAUUUUUAUUACUUUAUUAGCAGUAGUAGUUUUGUUAGUUCAUUUAUCACAACGCCAAGUUUUUACAUCGAUCGUUGUGGCUGCAGACCUUCUUAUAUUUCAUCUUAACAAGUUUUUUGUUCAUUAAAAACCUUCUUUUUAGAUAAAAACCUGGUGUUUUCAAAAUGUAGAGUUUACCUUCACUCAGAUUUGAGGUAAAAUAUCUUCUUUGUUUUAUUCUUUAAUGUCUCAACUGCAGGUAAAUGGCUGUUCACUGUUUUCUACUGCAUAAUUUUCCCGAGUAUACUGCACUUUCUCAUUUAUUUGCUAUAUAUUCCUGAAAUACAGCUUGCACAAGCAACAAAAUGGAUUGUAUGGAGCAAUUCUGAAGGUCACAGAUUUUUCUCUCAGUUACAGACAAUGUGUCUUGGUGUCAAGUUUUUAGUUUUUAAUUAUUACUGUAGAGACACCAAUAUUUGAGGACGCUGAGAUGAAGUGUAUUGAUAUUUCAAUGAUAUCAAUGAUGGUGUGUAUCGUUCCUGAAAAGUAGUUAUAAAAUAUAACAUAUUGAAAUGUUACCUCUUUAUCAUACAGUCAGGUACCUUUGAAACAUCUGUAGUUUUUAUAGCAUUUUAUGUUCCCUCUGAAUGUUUGCUUAAAGUAUUUUCUUAAAAACGGUCAAAUAUUAUGGUUAUUAUUCGCCUACAAAUACUGAAAUAUUUGUAACAGAUCUUUUAAUAUAGACUGCCUGUAAAAGAACUUUGAAAAUAUAUAUAUAAAAAUUUAUUUUUCCAAUAAGUUCACUUGGCGCAAUUUAAAGUACAUUGGGAAUGCCAGGUCAUUGGAUUUAUUCACUUCUAUCUAGUUAUUUGUGAAACCACAUGCACAUGAAAUAAAGUCUGAAAAAAAAUA